GGCACAUUGCAACUUCUUUAUUAUCAGAGUUGCACCAAAAUAUAUAUGACACUUUUAUAAGUAUCACAAAUAUCCUUAAACAGCCCCAAACUUUAACCCCUCCUUUCUCAGACAGUUGAAGCUCCAUCAAGAAAGAUUGAUGGAUUCACCUCAGUCCCAAAGCCCUCCUCGGCAAUAUCCUGAAGCAAUCCAAAUUAAGCUUUAUCAGGCAUUCAUAUUCUCCAUUCCUAUCCUCUUCUCAGUCAUUCUUUUUCUUUUGUUCUACUUGUUCUACCUCAAGCGAAGAGCUUCUGGUAUCUCAUCAACUCCACCUCGUCUUCCAAGGACUAUCCAUGAUACUAACAUCACAACACCUUCUGAUUCGGAUUUGAAAAAUGAGCUGAACGACAAGCUGUGCACAGUCUUGUUUAAUGAAGAUAUGGAAGCAAGGGAUUCACUGUGCUGUGUUUGCUUAGGAGAGUUUGAGGUGAAAGAAGAGCUGAUUCAAGUUCCAUCUUGCAAGCACAUAUUCCACAUUGACUGCCUCCGGCGCUGGCUGCUCAAAAAUUCAACUUGUCCACUUUGUAGGUCCCCUGUUGUCUCUGGCAAUAACUCUGGAUCCCACCACCAUCAGACACCCACUUCUCCAGCCAACUUGAUGCUUGUAAACAGAGACUCUAACAACCAUCAAGGUGGCGGUACUUCUGCCACAGUGACUGCCUUUGCAGCAUAGCACAAGGCCUGCGGGGUCAUGUGGUGGUAGUUCAUACAGGUCUAUGUAAAAAAAUACAUGGCUUUUACCAAGUAAGUUGUGCAAUUUUUUGAGAAAAUGGCUUA